AUGCCUGUAGCAACUCUACCUCCGCCUAAGCGGCCGCUAGGCGAUUCUACGAAGAUUCACCGCAACGCCAACCUCCCUCCACGCUCUCCAAACACCGCUAAACGGCGAAAACUCGACCCAAUAUCUCCUUCUAAGCUUAAGCUCAGCCAAAAUGGCGUCAAAACAGGCUCAUCGCAACCAAAGUCGCAAUUCGAGGAGGAGGUGCUCGAAAAAUUGACUCAAGAUCUCACUGGCUUGAAAGAGAACAAUUUCGAGAAAGACCAAAGCUGGGAUAGACCGCCUGUAGGAGACUUCGAUCCUCACAAGCACAACCUUUGCUUUCAACAAAUUGAGGCAGAAGAGGGAACGCUGCAUGGAGGAAGGACUGUUGUCAAGUUAUUCGGAGUCACAGAGAGAGGCCACUCCGUUCUCUUACAUGUCACUGACUUCCUACAUUACCUCUACAUCAAGGCUCCGAUUUCUUUUGGCAAGCAAGAUUGUGCUGGCUUCAAGGCUUUCCUCGAGACUCAGCUAGCGCAGCACCAGCCGGCUAUACACACCGUCCAAAUAGUAAUGAGACAAAAUUUGUAUGGCUUUCAAGGGAAUCAGAAUAAUCCCUAUCUCAAGAUCACCGUCACCGAUCCCAAGUAUAUCAACAAAUUACGGACGACGCUCGAGGGCGGAGCCAUCAAUUACAAGGGCAUGUGGAGAGGACUUGAUGCAGGACAUCUGACAUUUGACAGCAUUCAAUAUGUCUUACGAUUUAUGAUUGAUAGAGGAGUUACUGGCAUGUCAUGGGUAGAAGCGAAGGCUGGCAAAUACAACAUGAUCCCUCACAAAGAUCGGCACUCGAACUGUCAAAUCGAAGCAUACGUUCAUUUUCACGAUUUAAUUGCACAUCCAAAUGACGGCGAAUGGGCCAAGAUGGCCCCUUUACGAAUCCUUUCUUUCGACAUAGAAUGCGCUGGCCGCAAAGGCAUUUUUCCAGAACCACAUCAAGACCCAGUCAUCCAAAUCGCUAAUGUAGUAACGAGGUUUGGUGAUUCCAAACCAUUCAUACGCAACGUAUUUUGUCUAGACACAUGUAGUCUUAUCGUCAAUACACAAAUCUUUGAGCACCGUACGGAGGAGGAUAUGCUUACCAAAUGGAGGGAAUUUCUGGAGAAGUCGGACCCCGAUCUGAUCAUAGGGUACAACAUCGCUAACUUCGACUUCCCUUACCUUCUUGACCGAGCAAAGCAUCUCAAACUCAGCAAGUUUCCCUACUUCACACGAUUGAAAAGUGUUCAAACACAUGCCAAGGAUACAAAUUUCUCAAGCAAACAAAUGGGCAAUCGAGAUACCAAAGCCACCAACACGAAUGGCAGGUUGCAACUGGACUUAUUACAGCUUGUUCAAAGAGACCAUCAACUGCGAAGCUACACUCUCAACGCCGUUUGUGCUCACUUUUUGGGCGAACAGAAAGAAGACGUCCAUCACACCAUGAUCACCGAGCUUUUCAACGGUACUCCUGAAUCAAGGCGUAGACUUGCAGUCUAUUGUCUAAAAGAUGCCUUCUUACCGCAGCGGCUCAUGGACAAAUUAAUGUGUCUUGUCAACUAUACAGAAAUGGCAAGAGUCACUGGUGUACCAUUCAAUUAUCUUCUGGCAAAGGGACAGCAAGUUAAAUUCAUCAGUCAAUUGUUUCGAAAGGCCUUAGAGCAGUCUCUGGUCAUCCCAAAUCAGAAGAAAAGUGAGGGCAGCGAUGAACAGUACGAAGGUGCAACGGUCAUUGAACCAACGAGAGGAUAUUACGACGUACCUGUGGCAACCCUCGAUUUUGCAUCUCUGUAUCCAAGCAUUAUUCAAGCACAUAAUCUGUGCUAUACCACAUUGCUGAAAAAAGAAGCCAUCGAAGCUUUUAAGCUUGUGAAGGAUGAGGACUACAUCAUUACUCCAAACGGCGACGCAUUUUGCACCUCGAAAAUACGGAAAGGGCUUUUGACCCAAAUUUUAGAAGAAUUAUUAGGUGCGAGAAAACGCGCCAAGAAAGAAUUAGCCGUCGCAACGGAUUCUUUCAAGAAAGCAGUGUUGAACGGACGACAGCUAGCUUUGAAGAUUAGCGCAAACAGUGUGUACGGUCUCACUGGCGCUACAGUGGGCAAGCUACCAUGUCUUCCAAUUGCAAGUAGUACCACCAGCUACGGGCGGCAAAUGAUCGAAAGGACCAAGGAGGAAGUGGAGAAGAAGUACACGAUCGCAAAUGGAUACUCUCAUGACGCAUCAGUCAUCUACGGAGACACCGACUCGGUGAUGGUCAAGUUCGGACCGGCCGAGUUGAAGAAAGCCAUGGAGCUAGGAGAAGAAGCGGCAAAAUUUGUCUCUGCCAAGUUCAUCAACCCAAUCAAACUCGAAUUCGAGAAGGUCUACUUUCCAUAUUUGCUCAUCAACAAGAAGAGAUACGCCGGUCUGUAUUGGACUAAUCCAGACAAGCACGAUAAGAUGGACAGUAAAGGAAUCGAGACGGUACGAAGAGACAAUUGCCGUCUCGUCCAGAACGUCAUUGAGACAAGUCUCCGUAAAAUCUUGAUCGAUCGAGACGUUCAAGGUGCUCAAGACUACGUCAAAGAUAUCAUCUCCUCCCUCCUUCAAAACAAAGUCGACAUGUCCAAGCUCGUCAUCACAAAGGCCCUCACAAAAGAGAAAUACGACGCAAGACAAGCGCACGUCGAGCUCGCCGAACGUAUGAGAAAGCGCGACGCGGGCUCGGCUCCCACCCUCGGCGACCGCGUCGCCUACGUCAUCAUCAAAGGCGCCGGCGGCUCCAAAAACUACGAGAAGAGCGAAGACCCGCUCUUCGUCCUUGAAAACAACAUCCCUAUCGACACGAAAUACUACCUGGACAACCAGCUCGCGAAACCGCUUGCCAGAAUCUUCGAUCCUAUCUUAGGGGAACGGAAGGCCGCACAGCUGCUCACGGGGGAGCAUACUCGGUCCAUUGCUGUGGCUACGCCAGCGAUGGGGGGCGGACUGAUGAAGUUCACGAAGAGGACCCAGACGUGUAUGGGGUGUAAGAAACCGCUGGUCACGGCGGCGGAGAAGAGUGGGGCUGUGUGUGCGAAUUGUGCGCCGCGGACGGGGGAACUGUAUACGAAGACUUUGACCAAGGUUAGUGAGUUGGAAGUCAGAUUUGGGAGACUCUGGACGCAGUGUCAACGGUGUCAGGGCAGUUUGCAUAAUGAGGUUAUUUGUAGUAGUAAGGAUUGUCCGAUUUUUUAUAUGCGGAUGAAGGCGAAGAAGGAUGUGGAGGAUGCGGGGAAGGAGUUGGGGAGGUUUGAGGGGCUGGCUGAGGGUGGGGGGUGGUGA